AUGAAGUUCUCUGUUGUAUCCCUCUCGCUCUUCGUAGCUGGUACUCUCGCCCAGUUUACAAUCAACACUCCGGCCAAUGUUGUCGAGUGCCAGCCCACCCUCCUGGCGUGGUCCGGUGGAACUGGUGAGUUCUUCGAACAUGCGGUCUUCCGUCCCAUCCUACCCGGUGCGAGUCCCGAUGGUACUGCUCUUGAGAAUUUGGGACAGCAAAAUGGCACCUCAGUGACCUGGGUCUGCAACAUCGCGUCCGGGACAUCUAUUGGUCUCACUCUUCGUGACAGCACUGGUGCGACUGCACAGUCGGCACCUUUCACUGUGAACCCCGGAUGUACGUGUUUCAGUUGUCCUUGUUGA